AUGACUAGUAAUCAUAAGCCUUCUGAUGAUAACUAUAUGGAUUCGAUGUGUAUAGGAAUUUCAAAAAUAUUGCAUCAGAGUCAUUCUGACGAGAAUCCUUCAUCUGUUGAUGUUUCACGUCCUUCAGUUUCUAACGAUAUCGAUAGUGACCCAUAUUUCCAAAUUCACGAGGCUUCACGCACUACUGGAAUGUUAGACAUUAAUCCGAAAUGUAUGGUGAAGGAUUCUAAACACGGAAUUCGUCUUAGUAGUCGAAGACGCGGUUCAGAUAUCAGCAAAAAGGCUGUCUUUGUCCAACCCCAUGAUGGAAAGUUGUUCAAAGUUGUGUCAAAACACAGUAUGAAGAAAGCAAAACCUCCCGAUAUUAGCAAGGAAGUUGCUCAAUGUCGAGAGUCCCAUAACGACUACCUUGACUUUUCUAAUAUGAAUCUUCAACAGAUUCCAAAUGCAAUUUUCAAAGAUUUAUCCUUUAUAAAAGAUUUAUUUCUGUAUGGUAACAAAUUAACCACACUACCAAGCAGUAUCAGUCAUUUGACAAAUCUAAAACGACUGCUAUUGCAACAAAACUGGUUAACAGCAUCUGGCAUACCAAAUGAAAUAACGAAACUGACUAAUCUGGAACAAUUAGAUCUACGUUACAAUCGUUUGGAUGGUCCUCUUCCUACAUGUAUAUGUGGUUUAUAUAACUUGGAACAUUUACUUCUCACAUACAACAAAUUAACCCAUAUUGUAGACGAAAUAAAAUAUUUAAAACGCUUAUCUGUAUUGGUUGUAAGCCGUAAUUUGAUUCGACAAGAUUUGCCUAGUUCUAUCGGUGAACUAACGAAAUUGGUAAAAUUGGAUUUAUCCUUUAAUCAUAUCACCUUCUUACCUGACAGUAUCGGAAAGUGUACAUCCUUACGCGAUCUAAAUCUUCAACAUAAUCAACUGACAAAACUACCUGACAGCAUAGGAAACCUGGUAAACUUAUGUAGAUUAUCUAUCAAAUAUAAUCAGUUGGUGGAAAUUCCGGCAAGUCUAGCUAACUGUGUGAAACUUGACGAAUUUAAUGUGGAAAACAACCAAUUGUCUUCACUUCCUAAUAAUUUACUAUCAUGUUUACAUAAUCUACUAAAUAUCACCCUGUCAAGAAAUUAUUUUGCAAACUUUCCCUCUGGUGAUCCACAACAAUUUCAGAUGUGUUAUACUAUCAAUAUGGAUCAUAAUGAAAUUACAAACAUUCCAAAAUCUGUAUUUAGUUUGGCUUCAAAUUUGAUUAAAUUAAAUUUACGUGAUAAUGCAUUAGACAGUUUAAUUGGUCCAGACUUGCAUGAAUUAAAAACCUUAGUUGAACUGGAUUUGGGCUCUAAUCAUUUGACAGAAUUACCUACGGAAAUCAAUAAACUUGUUGCUCUUGAAGUACUACGAUUAAACUAUAAUCAGUUAUCUUCUCUACCUGAUGAAAUUACACAGUUAUCGAAACUACGUAUUCUGGAUUUGGAAUCAAACUUAUUGGAAUCUUUACCAAAUGAUUUAUCAGGUUUAACAUCAUUACAAGAAUUAAAUGUUCUAUGUAAUAGAUUAAAAACAUUUCCUGCAAGUAUUGGACAACUUACCAAAUUGAAAGUGAUUAUGGCCGGUGAAAAUGAUAUUACUGAUAUACCUGUUGAAAUAGGUAAUAUACCGACACUUCACGACCUACAUUUGAAUAAUAAUCCGAAUUUGAAUAGUUUACCUGCUGAACUCUCACUAUGUGGAAAAUUGAUUAUAUUGAAUUUAGAAAGUUGUCCAUUACGUGCUUUACCUGAACCAAUAGUUCAAGGUGGUUCUGCCAUGAUUAUCUAUUUCCUUCAACAAGUGCUACAGUUACGACGGCAACAAAAUAUCUUAUAA